GAAGGUCUUCGAUUGAAGAUAAACAUAUUCCUCAAAUUAUUCUUUGCACUAAUUUUGUUUUGUAGGAAACCAAAUAUAUUUGAUAAUAUGAUGGCCAUGAUGGAAAAAUAUGCGAAUAAUCUGGAAGUAUUAGUAGAUGAAAGGACCGAUCAACUCCAAGAGGAAAAGAAAAAAACUGAGGCUUUGCUGUAUGAAAUGUUGCCCCGGCCCGUGGCAGAACAACUGAAAAGAGGAAAGAAAGUGGAAGCAGAAAGUUUUGAUUGUGUAACCAUAUAUUUCAGCGAUAUCGUAGGUUUCACUGCAAUGUCUGCUGAAAGUACUCCUCUACAGGUGGUUGAUUUUCUGAAUGAUCUCUAUACCUGUUUUGAUUCAAUCAUCGAGCACUACGACGUAUACAAAGUUGAAACUAUAGGAGAUGCCUAUAUGGUGGUGAGUAUGUUGUGA